AUGAUUACCGAAAAUUCCAGUAGCGGCGUUGAAAAAAAAGCUCGCGCCAAAAGGAGUUCCACCCUCCUUCGCUACCCUAGCGACUUAACGUGUCUCAAAUUCCUACUUCUCAUCUUCAAGUCUCUCGGCCUCGCCACGUUCUCCAUCGUCGAAUCCAACGACAAAAAUCAAUCACGCGUCGAUUUCGUCGACUCGACCUCGUCCCUCGUCUACACCCUCUUUCUGCUCGGUCUCAUCGCCCUGACCAACUGCUGGGGCUUUCUCUCGGUCUACAAUUUCCGCUACAAGCGCACCCUCAAGCUGUUCAACGCCAUCGACCUGCUCGAGGUGUUCGCCGGGAUCGUCAACAGCCUCGCCAUCGGCCUCUUCUACUGCUGGAAUCAGACGAGAUCGGCCGGCCUCGCCGCGCGCAUCUACCGCUUGAAACUCAGCGGCGACUCGCUUCGCGAUCGCGAUCGUAACUCUCCCCUCGACGCCGUCCUCCUCGUCGGCUUCGAGCUCUUGCUGUUCUUGGCGCUGCUCGUCACCUGCGUCGUCUUCUACGACAGGAUGCUCUACACCAUCAGCUCGACGCUGCGCAAUCUCGUCGUCGCCUGGCUGUUUCUCCAGUACGCCCUGGUGGUGAGGUCGCUGCUCGGCGUCGCGGCGAGGAUCAACUCGGCGCUUCGGGCACUGCCACCGCGCAUCUCGUCCGGCACCAGCUGCUGCAGCGUCCUCGUCAACGCCAAGUGUCUCCAGGCGCUGCUGAGGCUGCGUCGAAUGCACUGCUCGCUCGUCGAGACCUACCACGAGGUGGCCAAGUUCUACUCCCUGGUGGUGCUCGGCAGCGUCAUGUACGCCUUUCUCUGCUUCGUCGUCAUCCUGUACUUUCUGAUGAAUCUGCUGCUCGAGCGUCGGCUCAUGCUCUCAGCAAUCGAGUACGUCCAGCUGCUGUUGCGCUUCGUCGGGCUGAUGUCGUCCCUCGUUGCGCUACUGAUCUACGUCACCAAGAUCGGCGAGGAGUUCGAUCAGACUGGCAUUCUGGUUCAUCGGCUCAUACAGAAAACCUUGAACAAGGAUGUUUUGACGGAGUUGAACGAUUUCUCGUUGUACUUGCUUCACGCGCGUACCAACUUCACGGCGUACGGCUUUUUCACCCUCGACGGCAGCUUGAUAAUAUCGAUUUUUGGAUCGAUCGCUACUUACCUGGUGAUACUGGUACAAUUUCAACUGGAGUUCAGAUCCGACGAGGCCCGAUGA